CGCCGCCCGGGCCGCUCGCCCCCAUGGAGACCCCCGCGGCGGGGCCGCCCCCCGUCACGCUCAUCAUCAAAGCCCCCAACCAGAAGUACACCGACCAGACCAUCCGCUGCUUCCUCGACUGGACCGUGGGCAGGCUCAAGGGACACCUCUCCAAGGUGUACCCCAGCAAGCCGUCUACGAAGGAUCAGAGACUGGUGUAUUCUGGCAGGUUGCUUCCUGACCACCUUCAGCUGAAAGAUAUUCUCAGAAAACAAGAUGAGUAUCAUAUGGUUCAUCUAGUAUGUUCUUCACGGACACCCCCAAAUUCUCCAAAGCCUGAUACCCUUAGGGAAAACAAUGGAUCGUCAGCACCUAGCAACAACUCGAGUUCAGAACAUUCAGGAUCAACGACUCCUUCGCCAUCUCAAGAAUCUUCACAUACGGCUGGCUCUGAUGGUGUAAGACAUCGCAACCUGGCACAGAGCAAUCCUGUUCAGAGCCACCCGUUCCCUUAUAUAAUGCAAGGCAAUGUAGGAAACCAGUUCCCUGGGCAAGGAGUGCCAGCUGCUUUUCCUGUGUACCCUGCUUUCAGCCCACUGCAGAUGAUUUGGUGGCAGCAGAUGUAUGCCCGCCAGUAUUACAUGCAAUAUCAAGCUGCAGUUUCAGCCCAGGCAACGCCCAGCACGGAAUCAGACAGCCCCCCCGUUCCGCAGCCCCCCAACUCUGAGCGUGCUCCUGCCAAUGAGCCCCCAGCAGCACCCAAUGUAGCCCCCCAGGAGAACAGGCCUGUCAAUCAGAAUGUGCAGAUGAAUGCUCAAGGCGGCCCAGUGAUGAACGAGGAGGACUUCAACCGAGACUGGCUGGACUGGAUGUAUACCUUUUCCAGAGCAGCUAUCCUGCUUAGCAUUGUCUACUUCUAUUCGUCCUUCAGUCGGUUUGUGAUGGUGAUGGGAGCCAUGCUGCUGGUUUACCUACACCAAGCUGGCUGGUUUCCAUUCAGGCAAGAGGGACUCCAACAGCCUCCAGGGAACAAUGAAGACCUGAACCACGAUGGGCAAAACGUAAAUAAUGCUGGACUUGAGGAGAUGGAGCACCUUAUGGAUGACGGGAUGGACGAAGACAGCGGCGAAGAUGUCGUUGACGUCAACGCAGAGCAUCCGCAUCCCGGCUUCAUGGCUUCUGCCUGGUCCUUCAUCACCACUUUCUUCACGUCCCUCAUCCCCGAAGGGCCUCCACAAGUUGGCAACUAAGCCAGGCAGGAGCCGUCAGUAGCAGAGGAGAGUUAUGCUCAAAAGUGGAAGUUGACUCUGGGCAGGGGGUAUUUUAAAUACAGUGCAAUUUCAAGAUUUAUAAUGUAAACUUUCUGAUCAUGGUGUACAAAAAUGUGUAUUUUUUUCUCUCUCUCCGCUUUCUCACGCUUACGGAUAUUUUAAGCAGAAAUGGACUACUAAAUGCUUUUUAAAAGAUUCUUUAUGUAAAGAAGAACAAAUGUAAAAAAAAAAUUAGUCUUCCAUGUUUUUUUUUUGUUUCAAUUGUGAUAACACUGAGGCGAGACGCUUGUAGUUGGUGUGCGGUGUCAUCCCUUUAAAGAGUUGUUAAAACACAAGUAUGGGGAGGAACUCUUUGGAAAUAAGACCCUUCGCAGUAAAAAAAACCAGUACCUGUAUAGGAAUCAUUGUGUAUGUGGUUUUUAAAAUUGCUUAAAGUAAAUCAGCACCAUAGUUUUGAGUUGGAGGCAACACUGUUUUGCCAGGGGCAUGUAUCCCCCCCCUCACUUCAUGCCACAAAUGACAUAGCAGCUCUUCAAAGGGAACAGACAGUGAUCGAGUGCACUACAAACUGUUUAAUACAUGCUGUACUUUUUUUUUUUAAUACAUGUACUGGGAAGCACAGAAACAUGUAAUUAGUUUUUUAAUUAAAAAAGAAAAGAAAAGCUACGGUGAAAAGAA